AUGGAUCGAGAGCAGUUCAGAGCAGCGGCCCAUGCAGCCAUUGACGACAAUCGCCGCGUCCUCCCCACCAUCGAACCGGGGUAUCUGCGUCCCCAAAUCCCCGACAGCCCACCGCUCGAGCCACAAGCAUGGUCUGAAAUCCAAGCAGACAUUGAAUCCAAAAUUCAGCCGGGACUGACACACUGGCAAUCGCCCAACUUCAUGGCUUUUUUCCCCGCGUCCGUCACAUAUCCCAGUAUACUAGGGGAGAUGUACUCCGCGGCCUUCACCGCGCCUGCCUUCAAUUGGAUCUGUUCGCCGGCAUGUACUGAGCUUGAGACUGUUGUAAUGGACUGGGUUGGCAAGGCGUUGGGAUUACCUGAGUGUUUCCAGAGCACCUCCGCGAAUCGUGGUGGUGGUGUUAUUCAAGGCACCGCAAGCGAGUCAGUCGCAACCAUGUUAAUAGCGGCGCGCGAGCGGCGCGCACGCGAAUUGACCCUCGCUGAUGGCGUGAAAGAUGGCUCGGCCGAAUACGAAGACAGAAUAUGUGCCCACCGGGUUAAGCUAGUUGCUCUCAGCAGCGAUCAAGCGCACAGCAGUAUUGCAAAGGCUGCCUUGGUUGCAGGCACAAGGUUCCGCAGUGUCCCUGCCAAGCUGGAGGAUAACCUAGAAAUGACGGGGGAAUCACUACGGGCUGUGUUGACACAGAUCGAGGAACGAGAUGGACUCGUUCCUUUCUUUAUUACAUUUACUAUGGGCACGACCAGCUCGUGCGCCGUGGAUCGGUUCGCGGAGCUCAAGGCCGUUUUGAAUGAGAAGGAGUCCUGGCGGCGUAUAUGGGUGCAUAUCGAUGCUGCGUAUGCCGGCGCAGCUUUGGUUGCGGAUGAAUAUCAACAUUUUGCGCAGCAUUUUGCCGAGGGAGUGGACAGUUUCAAUAUGAACAUGCACAACUGUCUCUUUGUCCGCAACCGCGUCGACCUAACUGACGCCCUCGACAUCACACCAAUCUACCUGCGUAACCCCUACUCGGAACAAGGCACAGUCAUCGACUACCGCAACUGGCAGAUCUCGCUGGGCCGACGAUUCCGCAGUCUGAAAAUUUGGUUUGUCAUGCGCAGCUAUGGGCUCAAUGGAAUGAAAGCGCAUAUCCGCAAAGGCAUCGCGCUGGGGGAUUUGUUCGUGGACAAAAUCCGGAGUCGACCGGAUCUAUUCGAAAUUGUUACCAAGCCUGCUUUUGGAUUGACGGUGCUUCGAGUACGAAGUAGCCCCAGCACUACGGCAGUCACCAACGGCACGAAUGGCGAGAAAGGUGGAUCUAAACAUGCCAUUGCACAGGUCGACGAAAAAGCGAAUGAACUCACCAAACAGGUCUAUGAAUUAAUCAAUUCUCGCGGAGAGGUAUAUCUGACUUCUUCAGUUAUUGCUGGUAUAUAUGUUAUUAGAGUUGUGAGUGGAAGCGCAUUGGCGGAUGAAUCGCAUCUAUUGCGCGCAUUUGAUAUUUUGGUCAGUACGACGGAGGAAAUCUUGCAUACAUAG